AUGGGCUGCAGUGAGCCUGACACGCGCAGUGCCGCGCGUGACACAGGCCGCAACGGGAGCGGGGGCCCCACACAGCUGGUCCGCUCGGCACUGAGGACCCAGAGGAGGCCCGGGCCGAGUGGGCUUUGGAGUCUGGCCGUUUGCGUGGGGGGAAGUUGCUGUAGGCUGUUGCGUUGGCUCCGGCUGUCCAUCGGCGCGAACGGGUCUGCCGACGUGCAUCUCCUCCCCCUGAGCCGCCCACCCCGCUGGGGCACCCCAGCCCUGGCUGAGCUCCCCGUGAGGCUGGGCAGCUUCCCACCCACUGAGUCCGGGCCAGGAAGAGCCCAGCUGCACAGGGCAGCUGAGCCACGAGCCGCAGCUGCCGAGACCGCGCUCUCAGAACCCGGGAGGCGCAAGCGCCGGGCCCCACCCUGGAGCCUGCGCUCCACAACGAGAGGUCACCGGAGCGAGACGCCCACACUCUGCACCUAG